AUGGAGGAGCCCAAGGGUCGACCAGUGGGUGGCACUGAGUACAGCUGGUGCCGUGCUGUGCCCGGCGGCACCGGCAUUGCUGUCCUGGCAAUCCUUACCUCAAAAACCCUAGAAGCCUUAAAACUUCAAAACGCCAUAAAUAAACUACAAAAAUUACACCCAGUACUAAGGUCAAAACUCCACAGAAACCCUAGCAAAAACAGCUUCUCCUUCAUCACAUCUACGACUCCUUACGUUCAAAUCAAGUCGUUUAACCUCUCAUCAACCUGUAAAAUACUUGAAAGUCUUAACCCUCCGACGAAAAACUUGGCUAUUUCGCCUUUACAAUCACUUCUUGAACAUGAACUUAACCAACAUGUUUGGUGGUGUAGUAAUGAUAAUAACGAAAAUGAUAUGUUCUUGGCGAGCAUGUACUCACUGCCUAAUGAAAAGUGGGUGGUGGUGCUCCGGCUUCAUGUUUCGGCGUGCGACCGGACGACCGCGGUGUCUUUGCUGAGAGAGCUGCAAGAGCUGGUGGGUGAAGCAGAAGAGGAAAAAGAAGAGAGGGGAGGGAAGGUGGUGAAUGAGAUUAAUUUGGGAAUUGAGGAUCUUAUUCCAAGUGGGAAAGUUAAGAAAAGUUUAUGGACAAGAGGGAUUGACAUGCUUAGUUACUCGAUGAAUUCAUUCAGAUCAACGAAUCUGAAAUUCAUUGAUGUGAACUCGCCAAGAUGCUCUCAGGUGGUGAGAAUCCAGAUGAACAAAGAUGAAACUGAGAGGAUCAUUUCUGUAAGUUCAAUAUUAUGUUAA